AUGUUCAAUAAUCCAAAUGCAUCCCACUUUCUUGGAGCUUCAGGAAGAAGAGGCAGCACCAGCUCCACUGCCAGCUCAACUUCAUCAAGUCCAUUCUUUCCCACCAGCAUUCUCCAAAACAAUGCAUUCAAUUUGAAUCAACAAAUUAAUAAUGUGAAAGGAACACCACCAAUUCUUUCGACUGGCUACUACUUUCAACAAUACCAAAAGCAAAUAGAACAAAAUAAGUCACUACGAAAUACAUUCAAUUCGCCAUCCAUUCAAAGACAAUCACCACAAGAAUUGGCUACCACUCUUUAUAGAACAUCUACUGUUACAGGUAAACAACCAACUCUUGAUUUUGUAAUGAAUAGACAAGAAGAAGAAGGUAACAAUUCGAGUAUGAAUAGUGUUAAGAAAAAUAAUGCGAGCACUUCAUCUUUCUCAACAGAUUUACACAAUAGUAUGCAAUCCAUGAAUAGUCACCAACAGGAUUCAUCCUCCUCUUCGACCACCUCAAUUUUAACUACUGCGAAUAAUAACAAUAUAAUGACAAACAAUAACACAUCCUAUCCAGUUAAUUUCAUUACACAAAAUCAAUCACAACCAUAUCAAAGUUUGUUUUCUUCCCAAACAAGUACCCCAAUAUUACAAGGCAGCAGUCAACAACAACUCCACCACCACAAUAAGAUUACAAAUGCAACUCUAUGUAAUUCACCAUUUGGAGAAUUUGAGCACGAACCUCACCAAUCCAAGAGAGACGAACAAGGAAACAAUCAGAGCAAGACCAUAAUAACGAACAACGCGCCUUCUCUUGUGCAACAACAAAACAAGUCUAAAAAAUUAUCAGAAGGAACAACAAAUUUCCAAAACAAACAAAUUGUCGUCUCUCCCAACAACAAUACUCCACUAGUUGUGCUGCCGGGUAACCAGCAACUACUUGUACAAGGUUCUUCAAAGACAUCAUCAUCAACUAAUAUCAUCGGUCGAAAAGUUGUUGUCUCUCCCGAUAAGAGUCACAACAGCAAUACCACCAACACAACUACGACGACGACUAACAUCUCUGCUGGUAAUAACAAACCAUCAUCGUCUUUAAAUUAUCUAGUAGGUGAAGAAGAAAAGAAUAGUAUUGCGACUACAGUUGGUAACAAGUUGUUGUUGAAAACAUCUUCUUCAUCAUUAACACCAACUCUAAACAAUAAUUAUUUAAAUUCUAUUGUUGUUAAUAAUAACCAAGGAGUUCAACUUGAAAAUACCUUGGGUGAAAAUUAUUCUUCAACAAACUCUUCCUCCGCCACAAGAAAACAAUCUGCUGGGAUUGUACCAUCCUCCCCUAAAGAAGCAAACAAACAGUUUCUGUCGCAAAGAAAUAACAUGUCUGUGAGUACAGCAUCGAGCUAA